AUGGGAGAUCAUAAUCAUUCAAACAAACACAACAACUCUACAUCAUUUGUACCUCAAUGGCUACAAUCAAAAGAUUCAGCAGAUAAACAACAACAACAUAUGACUGAUAAUCAUCCCGAGCGCAAAUCAAACCUUUCACCUGAAGCAACAGCAACAGCAGCAUUGUCCAACUCACAGUCUUCGCCGCCACCUUUGAACAACAAUCAAACUGGCAUUCCAAAGUUAAAUAGAUCAAAGUCAUCACCUCACAUUGAACAGUUACUACAACAACAACAACAACUACAAUCACAACAACACUCAUCAUCAUCAUCUCAAACUAAACAUAAUAAUACUAUUAUACCAUCAUCUCUUAUCAGUGGUGGCACAUCAACAGCAACAUCAACAACAUCAAUAUCAACAUCUACAUCAUCACCUGUAUUGCAAUCCAAUGGAACUGGUCCAUCACAUCGAUCGUCGAAUGGCACAGUCACCAGCAUCAAUGGAAUCAACUUGAACAGUAUCAACAACAAUAACAACUUCAUUCUGAACAACAACUCAUCGUUCACCAAGUACAAGACCAAGCCACCACUGUCCACAUUCAAAUCACAACCGAAUCUAAACAACUUUAUCGAACAGACGCAGCUGCCGUCACAGCAGCAGCUACAGCCUCAGCCGCAGCAACCCACAUCAUCAUCAACAUCAUCAUCGAGCAAUAACAACAUUACAGUUAGCGGCAAGGCAACACCUCAACAACGUUUUACACAAUCCAUUUCACCAAGCAGUCAUCUCACUAGUGCCGACACACACUAUCCCUCCAGCCAGGAUACAUCUAAUCAUUAUCUUGUCAAUGGAGGUCUCAUUUCGAACCAAGCCCAGCAGCUGCAGUCGCAGUCGCAAUCACUUCAACAACAACAAUCAUUUGUAAACAAUGAACACAAUAUGGACGACAAUCUAGACAAUCAGGAUCAAUUCCCACCACUCGUCCUCAAAUCACCAAAGAUCACCUUCAACAACAACAACAACAUCAAUGUACGUUCUACUUCACCAACAUUCAAUGCCAAUUCACCUGUACCACUACUAUCACCUCCAAGCGCACAACCAAUGGCAUCAUCAGCGUCAUCAUCAUCGUCAUUAUCCGGUGUGACAAUGGCAACAGUUGUCCCCUUGAGCGCUGGCCCCACUCUGGCCUCGCUCAUCACCACAACCGCCACACAACAACAACUACAACAACAUCAACCAACGACAUCGACAUCGCCUCUGUCUGCCUCCACCGAGGACUCCAUCUCCAAGGAAAAGGCCAAGAUCAUCAUCCCCAACAUUGCGUCGUCGUCGUCCACCGGCAACAAGUUGUCCACAACGCACAAGUCUUCGAUCAUGUCCAACCCCAACUCAUUGUUGGCUGGCGCAAAGAUCGUCAAGGCUGGCGGUGGCCAGGCCGGAACGCUUGGCUCCACCACGCAGCCAAAGUCAACGGUACGAUCCAUUCAGAAUGGUACCAAUCCCAAGUUCAUCCGUGCCUACUCUGAGCCCAACCUCCAGUCGUCUCUGCCCACCAGCACCAAUGGCAACAAGGAUGACGUGAUCUCUGUGUCACGCAAGCAGCUCACUGAUCCAUCGCGCAAGUUGAAGACGCCCAAGAUCAAUAAGAUCAUCUCAAAGAAUAGCUUUUAUGAGAAGAUUCAACAGACUGAGCUCGAUGACAAGACGAAAGCACAGCAGCAACAACUUCAAUUGGAAGAGCAGCAACAACAGCAACAGCAACAACAACUUGAUGCUUCCGCUCAAACUAAGAAUGUCGCCAACAUGGUGCCAUCAGCAGACUCGCCAACAUUGACCAAGCAUUCAUUGUCAACUGGCUCAACAACUCCAUUGUCAAACCCAACACAGACCAAUGAGGGUGGAUCAACACGUUCAUCAUCGCUCAACUCCCCCAUGUAUCAGUUGGACCAUCCAUGCAACACAAGUGUCAACAGCAAUGGCGACGACGAGGAGGAUGUGGAGCAUGAAGAACGAUUCCUUCGCGGUCUGGGCUGGGUGCCAGCCGAGGAGGAUUCAUUGUCCGACACUGAGAUUGAGGAGAUCAGCAUGAAGAUGAAGGAAAUCAAAGCAAUCCCAUUGUAG